AUGAGCUCUGCGGGUAGUGCAGCACCGCCACCACCGCACACCUCCUCGUUUGGUGCUGAUGUUGGGUUGCCCAUGUCCGACUGGGCAUCGCGGCUGCAGCGGGAACUGAUGAGCCCUGCCGAUCCCCUCGGUGGGCUAGCGCACAAGGACUACUACCGCGACCCGGCAACCGGCUAUGCGCCGCAGUACGCGCCGCGCGACUUUGUGCACGGCGGCAGUAUUGCCUAUCCCCACAUGCAGGGCAGCGGGAGCGCCCACGACUCGUACGCGGCGGCAGCGGCGCGCCGCAACUGGCUGGGGCACGACGUGGAAUCUAUGGCCUUCACAUCAAAAGACGCCCGUGCGACGGCGCGGCAGCUGAGCAGCGAUGCAGAGCGCGAAGCGUUCACGCAGCGUCACGUGCCGGCUGAUCGCCACCGCAGCGCGUUUCCGGGCAACGCCUCCCUCGCGGCCAUGGACCAGCUGCGGACGAGUGGGCCGCAGAGUGACGAGAAGGUGUAUCAGCAGGCCAUGCUGGACCGUUACCGUGCCGCUGCUACGCCGUCGUCCUCUUCCGCCGCUCCUGGUGUGUCGUACACCGCUGCCACCGGCCUCAGUGGGGGCGAACUUGUCGACGCGUUGGCAGACGACUACGCCGCCGCCGUGGAUGACAGAAUGGAUGAGGAGCUGCGCAUCGCCCACGGUCUGCGCGCAAAGGAGCGCUUCGACUUCAAGGUUAUGCAGCGUACAUCGCGCGUUCCCUUCCAGGGCUACGACAUGGAUCGCUUCUCGGCGCAGCGCGAAGGACGUGCGCAUGGUGCGCAGCAGCUGCCACCUGUCAUCCCGCCUUCGUCUAUGGAGGAGGCGAUGAAGAACAUGCGGGGUGGUGCGGCAGCGCUGCCCAACACGGAGGCUCAGGCCUGGCAGACCUACGCGCAGAACACCACCUCCGAGGAGCCGAAGCUCGGCGAAGCGCUGACGGGUGACGUCAUCGAUAGCCUACAUGCACGCCGCCGGAGUGCGCAAGAUGCAAGGGAACAGGCUCGCAAGCAGCGCUUCGGUCUCGGCCGGCAAGGCGCGCUUGUACAGGAUGGUGGACCGGAUAGGCGAACGCUCAAGAAGCACACGAACGAUGAGCGGCUGCUUGACGCGGUUAAUUUCGCCUCUGACGCGUACCGCCGCACGAUCACGGACGAACACGUUGACCCGUACAUGCGGCGCAACACGGAGACAGGCGUCGGGCAUCUUCUCACCAACCGCUUCGACAUGGUGCGUCGAGAGGACCGCGUCGCGCACGGACAGCAGGAUCUGACAGAGCGCAACACGUUCCACUACGGCGUCCCCAUUCAGCAAUCGAUCGACGAGUUUGUUUUUUCGCACCGCAACGCGCGCGGCGAGCGUCCGCUGGACUACUUCAAGCCCUUCCCCGACUUUCGCGCUCAGCGGCUCUUCCGCAUGUACCGCGACCUUGAGGGCUUCUCCCUCUUGAAACAGCGCCCUGAAGCCUUCGAGUGGGAACUGUUUACUCGCUACCGAGCGCACCACCAACAGCGACGCGAGCUGGCGCUCCUGCAUGGGCUGGAGCCGGUCGCGAACGAAACGGCGGCUGAGCGGACAGCGCGGCGACUCACCCUGGACGAGCUGUGUGAGAAGACGCCGUUCGACUCAUCUAAGCUGCAUCUCAAUGAUGACGAGGUGAAGAUGGACGCUGAGACGCUGCGCAACUGGUUCGGCGUGUACGUGCUACCCUCUCCCACCAUCGUUGAAUCUGUCGUGCGCGCGGAGGGCGGUGCGCUCAACCUGCACCUGCAGCACGCGGCCGAUGAGAUGAACACGGCCGACACACGCGAGCACAUCCUCAGUAGUCGCUACAUGAGUCGCCUGCUCUUGUUCGAGGGUUUCCAACACCGCUGGAACCGUGGCUUCACGAAAGAGGUGGCCGGCAAGGCCCCGGAGCCGGUCAUCAAGUAUGCCCAGGCACAGGAGGUUCUCAAGUAUUUUGACGCCGACGAGCGUGCCAUGUACCAGCAGUACGUGCAGCAGGAGUCGGACGCGCAGCUGAGCGAGUGGGCGAAGGUGACGCGCGGCCGCCGCUACAUCGCCGAGAAGGAGCAGUACGGCGAGGUGGCAGGGCAGGGCUACAAGGUGCCCGUGGUGGACGUGCAGCACCAAGAGACAGGUGCUGUGCUGACCGUGUCGGCGAAGCUGCUUGCGAAGAGCGCGGCGGCCGCGCUGGCCGACAACGAACCCGCAGGCGGCGGCGGCAGCAGCACAACACCGUCGUCGUCGAUGGUACGCUUUGAUGGCCAGACGUACUUUGUUUUGGCGGGCAGCGAACGCACCGUGACGCCGCUGUCCAUCCGGCUCGAGUCGGGCGAGUCCAUGGAGAUGACAGAUGAGGUCUUUUCCGCGUACCCGCUGGAGGUGCCGGCGAGCGCCAAGUACAAUCACGCCUUGAACUACGGCAUUGGCGAGUACGACUACAACCGCGGCAACUACGUCGAGACGCAGGACGCGAUCUGGGAGAAGGCGACGGCAGAUCAAGAGGAGGGGUGGUCGCCAGCGACGCACGCGGACGGGCUUCGCCCAGGGUUGCCGGUACGCGCGCGCCGGCGACUCGCCGCUGCAGGAGAGGACAGGACCGGGGCCGCCAUCACCGGCGACUUCCAGCGAGGUCGCAUUGUUCAGUAUUAUCGGCAGCCCUUCUUCAACCCCGAUCCGCGACUCGUGACGGUGGCCUUCCACGCCGACGGUGUCGUGCAGGAGGUACCGCUAGCUGACGUUAUGAUCUGGCAGCGCCGCUACCACGGCCCGGAGCGCACGGUGGGCGAGGAGUCGCGCCGGUACAACCCCGCAGGCCUGCGCCGCUACAUCGACGUUGCCGACCCCAACAACGAGAAGGUGUCAUCCAGCUCGUCUGCUGGUGCGGGUGCUAACGGCGUGGAUGACCACUUCCUGGAGAAGUACGAGGGGCGCCUCACGAACAACGCUGCCGCCGCCAGGUACCGCACGACGAAGCAGAUCACCGAGAUCGAUCAAUGGAACCGCUUCGACACAUCGCGGGCGGACAACUACCGUCCUCUCUCCAUCUCGCACCGCCGCGACUACGUCCGUCAAGGCUACCUGCCACGAUACACGCCGUGGGAAUGGAUCGCCAUCCAAGAGGCGGAUCAGCCCAUCAUCCACGAAACGAUGCGCACCGACAACAUCGGCGCCAGCUACUUCUUCUCCCUUAACCGCUCGUGGCGUUACAAGGCUCGCCCGCACGGGUAUCUGUGCAACUACGAGAACGAGGUGCGCGACAUGCUGCAGUUCGUGGACGGAGUCACGCCGUGGAAGCAGGCGCAGAAGAUCCGCACCUACUGGGAGGUCCGCCAGCAUCACCCGAUGCCGCAGUUUAACCGCCCGGAGGUGGCAAUGCACCGCAACAGCGCUGGCCUGCUGCCCUCGCACAUGUGGGAGACGGACAGGAAGACGGGCAAGGUGCGUGCUGUCAAGGACUCGGUGCGCGACUACCAGACCAAGGUACCGCUGCCGAAAUGGGUGCAGCUGUGA